AUGGCACGUAACAGCGAAAAAGCCCAGUCGAUGCUCUUCCGCUUCCGCGCCCAACAAGCAGCGGACCUCGGAAUCAUCGACAUCGGCCGCACGCGACGCCCCAAAGCCAUCACAUCCGUUGACUCGAUCCCCGCAUGCGAAAAAUGGCGCGGCCAAGUCCUAAAGGAAAUCUCGCGCAAGGUGUCCCGAAUCCAAGAAUCCAGCCUCUCAGACCACCAGAUCCGCGACCUGAACGACGAAAUCAACAAGCUCAUGCGCGAGAAGUGGGCGUGGGAAAUGCAGAUCCGCAAUAUGGGCGGGCCGAACUAUAUGCGUGGUUCCGGGCGUGUUUAUGAUGAUGAGGGGCGCGAGAUACCUGGUGGCGGGAAGGGGUACCGCUAUUUUGGGCGUGCGAGGGAGUUACCUGGUGUUAAGGAAAUGCUGGAGGCGGCGGCGAGACGCGGGAGGGGGCCUGCGGAGGAAGACGAUGAAGAGGGCAAGCCUGGAAGGGGCGGAGAUAUUGCGACGAAGAAGGUUGAUGCGAACUACUUCGGCUACGGGCUUGAUGAGGAGGACGGGACGUUGCUGGCUUAUGAGAUGCAGAGGGAGAGGGAGGCGGCCGAGAAGUUACGGAAAAAGGGCGAGGCUGAGGAUGAUGUUGAAGAUGGUUGGGAGCCGCUGCCUGGCGAUGCUGGGGACGGGGUUGAGUGGCGGUUGCCGACGCUGGAGGAGGUGCAGGAGGAGCUUGUGGAUAGGAGGAGACGGCGACUUCUGGAGAAGAUCUCAUGA